AUGUGUAGUCCGCAGGAGUUCAACAUGAACACCGCGGGCACGAGGAUGGUGACCCGCAGCUGGAGCCGGGGACCUGGGGUCGGGCCGAGGGGGAGUGGGGAAGAGGCCGCGCCGCUCCCAAGGGGAAAGUCGGCUGCAGAAGGAAGGAAAAGCCACCACCCCGUGAAGCGUCAGCGGAAGGCACAACGCCUGAAAGUGGCGUAUGAAGCCUCAGGUGGUGAGAAAGGAGAGGGCAUCAAGGUGCCAAGCUGGGAGCCUCAGGACUGGCAGCAGCAGCUGGCAAACAUCCGCACCAUGAGGAGUGAGAAGGACGCACCUGUGGACCAGCUGGGGGCUGAGCACUGCUAUGACCCCAGUGUUCCCCCGAAGGUGCGGAGGUACCAGGUGCUGCUGUCCCUGAUGCUCUCCAGCCAGACCAAAGACCAGGUGACGGCGGGUGCCAUGCAGCGGCUGCGGGCCCGGGGCCUGACGGUGGAUGACAUCCUGAAGACAGACGACAGCACCCUGGGCACACUCAUCUACCCCGUGGGCUUCUGGAGGAGCAAGGUGAAGUACAUCAAGCAGACCAGUGCCAUCCUGCAGCAGAAGUAUGGUGGGGACAUCCCAGCCUCUGUGGCAGAGCUGGUGGCACUGCCGGGCGUUGGGCCCAAAAUGGCGCACUUGGCCAUGGCCGUGGCCUGGGGAACUGUGUCAGGCAUCGCAGUGGACACGCACGUGCACAGAAUCGCCAACCGACUCCGGUGGACCAGGAAGGUGACCAAGUCCCCGGAGCAGACCCGUGCAGCCCUGGAGGACUGGCUGCCCAGGGACCUGUGGCAUGAGGUUAACGGACUGUUGGUGGGCUUUGGCCAGCAGAUCUGUCUGCCUGUGCGCCCUCGAUGCCAGACCUGCCUCAACCAGACCCUGUGUCCAUCCGCACAGGGACUCUGA